GACUGUCAGUUAUAGUCCGAUAUAAUGAAAACGAUUUUUGUUUGUUAAUUAUUUUCAUUCCUUGAUUUUUACUUCAUUGAUAUUUUUAUUUUAUUUGACAUUUCUGCAUUUAAUAAUAUAGAUAAGUCUCCGAAUACUUAUUUCUUAAUGUACUUCGAGUGUUUAAGAUAAAGACUAGUUGUUUUCAAUUUUUCAUAUUUGUAAACUGUUUAGUAACCUGUUUAUCAUCAUUUUAUUCUUUAAUUGGUGUACGACUCAAGUAAAAAACAUUAGUGCAUUUAAAAUAAUACUACCUGUUAAGACCCUCGGUUGGCAACUAGAAGUUUAUUGAAAUGUCCGACGAUUUUAUACCACUAGGUCAAAGUACUCCUCUUCAUCAAAAAUGGCAAGGCCGUAAUCACAAUCAGAGGUAUCAAAACUAUCAAAAUAAUCGACAUCAAAAUGGACCAAAUGGGCAAAGACGCACUGGUUAUAAUAACAGGUUCAGCAAUGGUUCUCAGAGGAAUAAUAGUUACGGGAGUGACAGCAACAGCAGUUAUGGACAUGAUAAUCGAAGCAGCAUUGAUGCAUACCUUCAUCCUGCCAUGCUCCAAGAUCCAUGGAGCCACCUACGACAGAAAAUGAAAUGAGUGUAUUGUACCUUUAAGGAAAAUGGUACCACACAUGAAGCUGCCUGACCACGGAACACCUCAGUUUUUGCCUCAGGUUCUUAAGAUGUGGAAAUGUAUAUAUUAAUGUAUAUUUAAGGAAUAAAUGUUGUGUUGUUAAGAACCUAUUGU